AUUAGAAUAAUUUUGCUUCUCUUCUGCUCUGAGGUUGUUUUUGAUCGGGAACUUCAUUUCGAAACCAAGCUAAGGGCGAUCAACAUGCCGUACGUCUUAAUUAGUGCGCAAAUUAGGCUGGUAAGAACUUCCUUGGUGAACAAAAUAGCCAGUGAUUCGGCACGCAAAUCACUAGAGUUAAUCAUGCUUUUUAAAUUUAUAUACUGGCCUUUAUUUUUGACGUAUAGUAGUCACGUUCACUGGUUAUAUUUGUGUUGCCAUUCAGGCCAUUGGACCAACAAUGUGUGGUGACGAAUGGGCAGAUCCAGAAGUGAUGAAGUAUUUGAACGCAGAGUUGAUACACCCUUUGCGGCACGUUACCCUUACCAUAGUUAUUAGAGGGGAAUAAUUUGUAAGUUUACGACCCUUUGCGGCUGUUGGCAAAUUGUUACGUUAACCAACAAUGGUCAAUACAAUCACCCGAUUUUUUUCUUUCAGGCAUAUAACGGGUCUGACGGGGGAACUAUUGGAGGACGUUAGAAUUUUUCGCACGGGUCGGUUAGGACGGAUGUUAGGAUGUGCCGUUGUCGUGGUGCAGGUGAAUUUUGCAAUCCUAUGCUGGACUGAACCCCCAAACAAAUUGCUCCCCAUCCCAGAGUGGCUUUUUUAUAGAAACUUCCGAGGUUGACCCUUUCUUUGCUAUUAUUUUUUAGUUGUGUGUAAUUUUGCCAAUUUCAUAUUUUUGAGUGUGGACAAAACAAUAAUCUUGUUUUCUGCAGAGUUUGUAGGGGGGUCAGGAAAACGAAGGCAAGUGCCGAGCAAGUGAGGAGCACUAGCCAUGUGCGACAGGGGAAGGUGCAGAAAAACUGUAGACCUGCCUUCCCCUGUUGUGUGUGUCUGGCACUCCUGGCUCACUUCACACCUGAUUUUGUUCCUCUUAAAACCCGAAAAGAAAAAUCCAUGUUCUACAGGCUACAUGGAAACAAGAGUUUAGUUCACAGCACAUGGAAACACUUUGUUCAUUUGAACCAGCAUGGUGGUUGAGACAUCAGCUGAAAACUAGCAAUAUUUGCUCAGCUAUUUGCUUGGCCUCACUUUUCCUUGUGCUCUAAAUACCAAGGGUAAAUAAAGAUUUUAUUCUUUUGUAGCAAAGAGUACAUAUGCUCAGAUCCCCCUCGUGUUGUGCUUGACAAGAUGGAAAAGAUAGGCUAUAAAGUCAUUGCCAGCACUGGUGUUGGGCAGACAAUUAUCUGGACACUCUACAAACCAGAUGGAGAUGCUCAAAAUGGUGAAACUGCAUCUGACAGGUAA